CUGCAGGGCGGAAGUGCGUCUGUUUCCCCAGCUGAGUGCUGAAAACAAAACAAGUCAAGCUGCGACUGCAUCAUGAUGGAUGAGCUGGUGCAGGACUUGGUGUCUGCGCUGGAGCAAGCCUCAGAGCAGACCAAAUUAGGGGAGCUGUGGGAGGAAAUGGUCCUGAGUCCGCUGCAGCACCGACGGCAGAUUCGCCGCCGCAGAGGUCGGAAACGCCUUCACGAGUCCUCCAUCUAUCCUGUGGCUUGCAGACGUCGCUGGAACGAAGCGCCUGAAUCUAGCAUGGAUGAGGCCAAAGAGUACAGAGAGAACUUAUCCUCCUCUUUUUCCACAGCUGUGGCAAACUACAGUGAUUCAGACGACAUGGCCACUGCCGACCACUGGCCUCAUGUUGCCAGGGCCCCUGUCAGAUCAACAGUCCCUGGCAGAUCCAGACAUCCGUCCUGGCCAGAGUCUGAUUCCUUCACUGAUAGUAAUCCAGGGCAGCCUCUCAGAAGGCGCAGGAAGGUCAAGCGUAUGACUUCAAACAUGACAAUCAGACUUCAGCAGAAGCUACAUGACGGAAGGAAGAGACACAGGCCUUCUAAGUUGCAACGUUUAUCGGGAUCUAGAAGAAGGUCAAGCAGUUGGACAGCAGCCGAGAGACAGGCUGAAGGAGGCAGAGUGAUGGGAAAGGAGUGUUGGAAAAGACAGAUGGCCAAGGAACGUAGAGAUGCUCCAGAUGAGAAUAUGUCUGAUGGGGAAACCAGCAGCACGUGCAGUAGUGACCCCGGUCUGUUCACCAAUGAUGAAGGAAGACAAGGUGAUGAUGAGCAGAGUGACUGGUUCUUUGAAGGGGACUGUGGAGUUGGACUUCUGCCCAACUGGGACUCUGACAACCCGCUUUCGCUGGAGGACAGACAACCCUCCAAUUUCCUCCUACCUGCGCAACGCUCUGUCAGAGGCUCCAGGCAGAUUAAUUUCGUUCCAGGAAUGUUGUGCUCAGCAGACGUGCGAAGGAAGAAAGAAGCAGAAGCUGUAUUCAUCACAACAUCAGCUAACAACCCAUUUCAUAAUGAUCACCAGAACGAAGGAGCGAAAGAAGGUUCGUUCAGUAACCCACCAAACGAAGAAACAGUAGGACCGACUACACCCGGGUCUCCUACUUCUACUAUGCCUGCGAGUUCAUGUUUACUCCAGAGAAACCAUGAGGACACUUGAAGAAAGUUUGAAAGACUCAUCUAAUCCUUAAAGCUAUUGUGCCUGAGAAUGAAAUAACUACAACCCCUUUCUCCUCCACAAACUUUACAGUAAAGAAUGAAAAAAUACAAAGCACAUCAUUAGUCUUCAAAUCAGAAUGUUCCUGCUCGAUUCAGCCAUUCCAGGUAGUAUAUUAAGCAUGACAAAUGUUAAUGCAAUCAAGCCUUGUUAAGCCCUCCACCAUCUCCUUAAGGAACAUGGCAGCUUCAAGUGGGUCCUCGUUUGACUCAAGACUUUCCUGCUCUUCUUGUUUCCACACCGAGGCUCCAGGCCACCCGCCACUGCAUAAUCCAGUAAUUAUGUCCACUCCCAUAGCACAGCACUUGUCAGCAGGAACUUUGAAAAGUGUAGCCAGUUGAGGCUCAAUGGCCAGGGGGCGCCUGCUUCACUUUAAGGCAACUAACAAUGGCUGUAGAGCAGCUAGCUCUGAGGCAGAUGAACAUCACAAUGUUUAGCUGCCACAUGCUGUUGGAGGGUUAAGAGAGGCGACCACCGCUGGCAAGCCACACAAAGUACAGGCCUCCUAUUAGCAUGGAUUUGAAAAGCUACUGUUGCUACAAAGGUGCUCAUUAGCACAACACAGAGGGAGCGUAGUCACGGUCCUCCGAGGGCCGCCUCUGUUCUCUUCAGGUUACCUUCUAUAUUCAAAUAUCCCCAAACAGAUUUAAAGUUUAAGGCUGGCAGCAUGUCUGUUUGAAAAAUCAAAUUUUUUCUUUGCAGCGCUGGCUGAGUUGCAUUUAGAGCUUGAUGGAUUCCAGCAAAGAGGAACUGGAGAUGGAAAGAAAGAGAGUUAUAUUUAGUAUUUUCACAACCCCUUUGGCUAUAUAAUAUCCCAGUGCUAUCACUAUUUGGAUGCAUUUUAAAAUAUCAAUGGCAGCAUAUGGAGUAAACCAAGGAAAUAACAAUAAAAAAGCAAAUAAGUAGGAUUUUAAGUUGAUGAAUAUGCCUAAAAAGGAUAUAAAACACUUCAGUUUUUUUUAUUAAUUUUAGUGCAGUAGCAUUAUCUCACAGGACAAAUGUAGAAACCUCUACCCUCUAAUUUAAGUACAUAUAUUCAGCAGGAAAAGCUGUGUCCAAACUUUGUGUUGCAGCUUUUAGCAACAGUCAGUUUCAAACAUUUUAAAAAGUUGGAUCGUACAGAAAGAGGGCUCUCUUGGAUUUUCUCUGCACAAUCUCUCCCAUUCGAUAUAGAGUACUAAGCCGCCCUUCUGCUACUUUCUCUUUAGCCCAGGCUACAGGCUUUUCAUCAGUCUCAGUACUAAGAUAACAUUCGAAAAUUUUGAUUUUGUGUCCAAUUAAUGAUGUCUGUGUUGAUAUCCCUAAAUUAGUAAGGUUUAAAGAAGUACUUAGACUCUGACUUGAAGACAUUUUGCUCUUUGUUCAAAGAGCUU